AACUAAAAAAAAAAAGGCAGCAUCUGCUACUCCAGCCAAGGAAGAGAAGCCCAAAUUAACCAUUUUUGAAGAGGAAGUAGAUCCAGAUGAAGGACUCUUUGGCCCAGAAAAAGAUUUCUCAUCAGUUGGUCCCAGGAAGAAGAUGAAAGAGAAUCUGAAAUUAUUUGAAGAUCCAGACCUUGGUGGGGUGGUAAGGCUGGGUGACUCACUAUUGCUGCCAGCUGCCUGUAAGAACAAGGAGUAUGUGCUGAACCCGGGUCCUGAGGAGGACACUGAGGAACUGUUGAGAGUUGAAGAUGAUUUAGAGAAACUCUUGAAAGUAACCUCCAAACCAAAACCUAAGGUAGCAUCAAAACCACCAGUGCCUCAGAAGCCAGCAGUUGCUCCAAGGAGCACUAAUUCAUCCCCACUGGCAAAACCAAAUGAAAACAGGAUUCAGACAAUGAAUGACGUGGACAUUCUCCAGUAUAUCCAGGAAAACGAAUCUAUCAACAACCAAGAUGCAAGUCUCUUUUGA